AUGGCGAUGGCAACUUCGACCAGCAUGUCUGACAGCAUGUCGAUGUCUAUGGAAGAUAUGACGAUGACGUUUUUCGAAUCCUUCACCAGUCCUCUGUACUCCAUGUCUUGGUCGCCAACAACGAAGGGACAGUACGCCGGCACUUGUAUUUUCCUCAUCAGCCUCGCCUGCAUCCUGCGAUUGCUCUUGGCCCUCAAGCCAAUUCUGGAAGAGCGGUUCUGGAGAAACUACCCUGUAUACGGGUCAGACAAAGCUUUAGGCCAACAUGGUGAUGUCGAUCCUGGAGCGGGCGUCGCUGUAGUACGGAGAGACAUUUGUAGUCGGUGGAGGGGUUGGAGGGCGGGUGCUUCUGCGGCAAGAGCAACCUACGAGGUCAUCAUUGGCGCUGUUGGAUACCUUCUAAUGCUUGCGAUUAUGACGAUGAAUCUUGGUUACUUUCUCUCCGUGCUUGGUGGGAUCUGGCUUGGAACCUUUCUGAUUGGCGGUCUCGCCAGCAGCAGUGCAACCAUCCACUGCUAA